AUGCGACAAAGUCCAGAAUUCGGUUGUCACGUGAGCAAUGUCGUCAGCUGUCUCGAGAGGUCCCGAGCCUGUGAAGGCGACAUGAUGUUGCCCUCAAAUAUCCCCGUUACGCCCACAAGGAACAAUACAGCCUCAAUCAUUGCUGAGUAUAAGACAUCAGUCCAAUCUUCAUAUGAAAAUGUGAAGGAGUAUAACUCUCGACCUGGGGAGAAUGUGCUUUUGUCUGAACGCUACACAGACCUGCUGAUGGUUGAGUGUCACAGAAAGCCUGAAGAAAGAGAGGAGGAGAUCCGUUCCAGAGGGCAAAGCCUUCAGGAUAUAUUGAGGAGCAGGUCCAGUGAAGCAUAUAGCCCAAUUACUGUUGAGCAGUUGUUUAGACCUGAUGACCGUGGAUGUAUUCCAAAAGCAGUCAUUCUCCAGGGCCACCCAGGUUAUGGCAAAUCCUUCACUUCUCAGAAGAUCGUGUUGGACUGGGCCUCUGGGACCUUAUUCAAGGAAUUGUUCCACCUGGUUCUUCAUCUUGAAUGCAAGGAGAUCAAUGGAAUCUCAGGGGAAUGCAGCCUGGUGGAUCUGCUCAACUAUAGCACUGAAGAUGUGCUAAGGGAUCAAAAGAUUAAAGUGCUCUUCCUGGUUGAUGGCUUUGAUGAACUCAAGGUCUCCCUUGUGGAUGCUGGCAGUGCACUCCCUAAAGACCCUUUCACAAAAGCUCCUGUCCAGGCCACCCUGAAGGCUCUGCUCAAAGGUCAUAUCUUGCCCCAGUGCAAACUGUUGCUCACCACCAGGUCCACUGCUACAAUGACGCUCAGUAGUCUGGUCACUGAUUCGCAACGCUUUGUGGACAUUUUGGGGUUUACUGAAGAUGGAGUGAAGGACUACUUCCACAGUUUUUUUCAAGAUGAGCAUAAAGCUGAUGCAUUGUUCGAGUAUGUGAGGACCAACGAGACCUUGUACACGUCCUGCUUUAUUCCUGUCAUCUGUUGGGUCACCUGCACAGUUUUUCGAGCGCAAGAACGAAAAGGUGCACAACUCACUAAAGAACUAACAAACACGUCCAUCUAUGCCAACUUUGUGUCCAUUUUGCCUGAACAUCACUCUCCGAGUUUGAGUGUAUCUGUGCCUGUCCUGCUGAGCAGUCUGGGUCGACUGGCAGAGAAGGGCAUGAAAGAGAAGUGUGUCCUGUUUACAAAGAAGGAUGUGUUGAGUACAGUCUCAGAUCCAGAGUGCACAGUGUCACAUCUUACAACAGGGCCUUUUCUGUGUGAAUUAAGCUGCAAGAGGGUCUUCAGAACGGAGGAGAUGUUCAGUUUCAUGCAUCUGAGCUUCCAGGAGUUCUUCGUUGCACUCCACUACAAUCUAGACCAGGAAGGAGAGAAGAGGUUGCUUUGUCUGCUUAACUCACAACAGCAUUGGGAGUCACAACGCCAGCCUGUCAUUCAAUUUCUGUUUGGCCUUGUAAAUAAGGAGAUGCAAAACCUGGAGUUUCUUCAGUCAACAUUGUUUUCCUCCUACAUUAGAAGACACUUGGAGAAGUGGGUCUUGGAAAAAAUUGCAGAUCACAAAUUGGUUCAAUCUAGAUUGAUGUUCAUUCUUUACUGUCUUCACGAGCUCCAUGAAGACGAGUUUGUUCGGACAGUCAUGGAUAACGUGGGUCCACUGUGCUUUCUAUACACUCCCCUGACAAAAGUGGACUGCUGGGUGCUGCGGUACUGCCUGCUCUGCUGUACCACCAUCAAGAAGCUGAAGCUGAGUGAAUGUGAAAUGACUGCAGAGAUGCUGAGGAUGCUGCAGCCUGCACUGAGCAAGUGUCAGGUCCUCAGUCUGGAUUUGGAAGCUGUGGAUGAUGAUGAUAUAUGGACAUUCCUCUCGACUUUGAUGAAAGGACACAAGUUAAAGAAACUGAGCCUGGAUGUUGUGAAGGGCUCACUUGAAGAUGUUGGCAUGUUCAUCUCAUCUUUGGCAGACAAGCACAUCCUGACAGGACAGAGCAACCUGUAUCCUAGGGCCCCUGGCCAUGUUAAUCUGGCCCUGGUCAUUGGGGUUCAGAAUCAGAGGAAGUGCAGGGAGAUGAAGGCCCUCUUGGUGGAUGGCACACUGUGGUAG